UCCUGACCCAAGGCAGACUUGUAACCCUGCUCUCUCCAGCCUCUGCUUGGGGCUAAAGCUCGCUGUCAGAAUCCUGCCUUCGCCAGCCUGCAGAAAGUCUUCCCAGGAGCUUUUGGGUCUGUUCUGCUGCUGAAGCUGAACACAGAUGUCUUUCCGGUGCCUGGGAUUUUAAAACAAGGCAGGAGGCAUGAAGCUAUGGCUGAGAGGCCCGGUCGGCCAGGCCCUGAGGAGUUCCUGGAGAGUCUGCAGGAUUCACAAGCAGCCGCCACCUCCCCCUAUCCCUGAGGUGGCCACGUGGGAGGCCAUCAACCUGGGGAGGCAGCCAGUGCCCGAGUACUUCAACUUCGCCCACGAUGUGCUGGACGUGUGGACUCAGCUGGAAAAGGCAGGACACCGGCCCCCAAAUCCUGCGUUCUGGUGGGUGAAUGGCUCAGGAAAAGAAGUCAAGUGGACGUUUGAGGAGCUGGGGAAGCAGUCCAGGAAGGCAGCUAAUGUCUUAAAGAGUGUGUGCAGCCUGCAGCCUGGAGACAGAAUGUUGAUGGUGCUUCCUCGACUCCCAGAUUGGUGGCUGAUCAGUGUGGCUUGUAUGCGAACAGGUGUGGUCAUGAUCCCAGGUGUCUCCCAGCUGACAGCAAAGGAUCUCAAGUACCGGCUGAAGGCAUCCAGGGCCAAGUCCAUCGUCACCAGUGAGUCCCUAGCUCCACAAGUGGAUGCCAUCAGUGCUGACUGUCCCUCCCUCCAAACCAAGCUUCUGGUGUCUGACACCAGUCGUCCAGGCUGGAUCAAUUUCCGGGAACUCCUGAGGGAGGCGUCUACAGAGCACAGCUGCGUGAGAACCAGGAGUCGAGAUUCUGUGUCCAUCUACUUCACCAGCGGAACCACAGGGGCCCCCAAGAUGGUGGAACAUUCCCAGUGCAGCUAUGGAUUGGGAUUUGUGGCCAGUGGAAGGAGGUGGAUGGCCUUGACUGAAUCUGACAUAUUCUGGAACACAACUGACACAGGUUGGGUGAAGGCAGCCUGGACCCUCUUCUCUGCCUGGGCCAACGGAGCUUGCAUUUUUGUGCAUGAGCUGCCUCGAGUUGAUGCCAAAACUAUUCUAAAUACACUCUGCAAGUUUCCAAUAACUACCCUUUGCUGUGUUCCAACCCUCUUCCGGAUGCUUGUACAAGAGGAUUUGACAAGGUACAAGUUUCAAUGCCUGAGGCACUGUUUGACUGGAGGAGAGGCCCUCAACCCUGAUGUGAGGGACAAGUGGAAGAGCCAGACAGGCCUGGAGCUCCAUGAAGGCUACGGACAGUCUGAAACAGUCGUCAUCUGUGGCAAUCCAAGAGGCUCGACAAUCAAGUCUGGAUCAAUGGGGAAAGCCAGCCCGCCUUAUGAUGUGCAGAUUGUAGAUGAGGAGGGCAAUGUCCUGCCUCCAGGAAAAGAGGGGAAUAUCGCUGUCCGCAUCAAACCCACCAGACCAUUCUGUGUCUUCAACUGUUACCUGGACAAUCCUGAGAAGACAGCUGCAUCAGAACAGGGAGACUUUUACAUCACUGGGGACCAAGCUCGUAUGGAUGAAGAUGGCUACUUUUGGUUCUUGGGGAGAAAUGACGAUGUAAUCAACUCCUCAAGCUACCGGAUUGGGCCUGUUGAGGUGGAGAGUGUGCUUGCUGAGCACCCGGCUGUCCUUGAGUGUGCCGUGGUCAGCAGCCCAGAUCCCAUCCGGGGAGAGGUGAGAACCUAGCAAGCCCACCAGACAUGACCUAUGGGAGUUGUAGCCGGAAGGGAUAGCCAACUUGAGGGACGACAGAAUGCUUCUACAUGGCUUUAAUAUACUAGAAAGAUGAGCCAAAUUUAAUGUACUUUCAGCAAGCAAAGGUGAACUCCUCUUUUGUGGGCCCCAAGAGGAAGGAAAGAGCAGCUCCUAGGCAGUAACAACCCAAAGGAGGGGAGAAUUCUCUGGUUCACAGUGUCAAGGGUUUAGUCUUUUGUGGUGAGAAAAGGAAGGCAGAGAGAGUAAUGAGGCUCAUGGUUUGACUGGGGAUGGGGCGUAAGCAUGUGUGAAUAAUUGAGCACACGUGUCACAGCACAUGUGUGGAGGUCAGAGGAGGACAGUUUCUAAGAGUCAAACCAUGUAGCCUCCAUGGAGUGAGCUCAGGUUGCCAAGCUCAGCCUCAAAUGCAAAUACCCUCUGAGCCACCUCACGAUCCUAGAAAUUAUGUUUUGAACAAUUGUUCCCUCUUUAUCAGGACGCAAAUUGUAGGAGAAACAUAGGCACUCAAAGCCAAGGUGCAUAAUGUUUCUUGAAAUGACUGAAGCAGAAAUGGUGUGGCUCCAUGUUUGCUGAUGAGACACUUACAUGCUUCACACUCAGAGACCCAGAGGCCCCCUGAACAGGGCUGUGUUUUCCUCAGCCCUGCCUGGACAACCCUUGCUUCUCUAUUCUCCUGCAGGAAAACUUGGAAGUAAAUGGCCAUUGGCAUUGGGAAGCUAUUUCCUCUACUGCCUUUGCGUCUUAAGAGAAUUCAUGCUGGCUCCAAAUGGAGCUAUUACAAGGUUAGGGAGUGGCAUGGAAAAGUGAGGCUCUAAAAUGAUUCCAUAAAAGCCAACGCUUCAGUAGUUUCUCAGGCACAGGAAGGCAUUAGGAAAAACAGUGUUGAUCACAUCACUCUGUGUGCUCAAGGAACUAGCAGGACCCUCCUGUUUGAGUUUUAGUAGCCACACGUGUGCAAGGCUAGCUCGAGGAGUAAAGCAUCAUUCCCGAAGGGCUGACCCCUUCUGGU